CCAUUUUUUCUAUCCUGCGCGAAUCCGACCAUCGCCUUCCAUUUGCGACGCGCAACCUCGCCCUGAGCAGAGAGCACGAUUCCAUCCCUCAAUAUCGUCGCCGCCGCCGGAUCUCCCCAUCGAGGCUAGCAAAGCACGCCCUGUGACUUCCCCGGAUUAGAUUUGUCUGCGCCACCGGCCAAGGAGGGAUUAGGGAAAUCCCUACUUUUUUUUACGUUAAAUUAUUCCGUCUGACCCUAUGUUACCCGCGUCACUUAGGAGAGGAAGCACUGAUUUAGGAUUCCGUUGUUGGUCUUUGAUGAGGCCUAUGCAAGCAUCCGUGGAUUUACAUUUCCCCGAUCAUACUCUUUUAUUGCGGCAUUUUUCUUCACAGCUCGUUAAAACUAAUGGAAAUCGGGCUUACCUUGUAGACACGCUGGCUUUGGUUAGAAGAUUGGAGGCACAAGGGUUGCCAACUAAACAAGCUGAAGCUAUCACUUCAACUAUUACAGAAGUUUUGAAUGAUAGUUUAGAAAAUGUGGCACAGUCUUUUAUGUCAAAGUCUGAGAUGGAUAAGAUUGAGAUGGUUCAAGAAUCUAAUUUAUCAAAAUUCAAGUCUGAAAUGAAGAGCACACAGUAUUCAUUGUUUGGGCAUUGGAUCAGUAUCAGUACAUACUGGUACCACGAUCGCAAGGGUGCUAUGAGGUGGUGGAGGAUGCCACGACUUCGUGGCGACCCUCCCCGGGGAACACAGAGGGUGCCGCACCCCGCGUAA